AUGUCAGGAACAGCAGAUUUUAUGCAGUUUGUAAAUUACAUGCAAUGUACUUUAUCCGACGCAAAUACACCCAUUUUAACGAAUUUAUACGUGAAUUUCACCACCUAUCAACCACCUAUUGGAUGUAUUAAUUUUGCUGAAAAAUUUAUCUUCUGGAAACAACUAUAUGAUCAAUUCGCCCAGGAACAGGAAAAAAUCGCCAACGCUAACCUUUUCGCACAAACUCCUCAACCAACGGACCCGCGUCUGAAAAUCACAAAAACUCAACUGCCAGAAGAUUUAACAAGCCUGUGCAACAACAACGACCGUGAACUAUUUCAGACUUUUGAUUUAACAAAUGACCAUACUACGGCAUUACAAUCACAACCCGCAUGCGAUUCACACGUCGACAACAACGCAGAAAUUAGCAGCACAGAAACCACCAUGAACGCAGACGACACCAUAGCAACAACAGAAACCGCACCGGAACCCGUAGCUGAAGCCAUUGUCGAAAUAUUAAACACAUCACAUCCCGAACAAACCCCGCCAACAUCAGAUGAAGAAGAAAAACCACCUACCCCGAACUACGUAAGAUCCCCGAGCCGUGGUAAAAACAUUGAACAACUAAAAGCCAUUCACAACGAAAUCGAAACUGCAACAAAAACGAAACAACGAUGUAAACCGACACCCGUACCCCGAAAACGAAAGAGAGCCCCCACUAACGUUGACGGACCUGGACCCGGAACACCAUCCAAGGAUUCGGCGUUGCUACGCGACGCAAAAAAUGCCGAAAUUGAUGAUGUCGACACGAUGGCUAUUCGCGAAGUAGCGCUUUUCUCAUCAAACGGGCAAGUACGAAAAAAGGCCCGACUGUUAACCAAGCACAACAAAGAUGUCAAGUGUUUUGCGAUAAAACACUAUUCACCACUGGAGUAUAUCGCUGAGAAAAAGUUAAAAGCUUUUCAAAUAAUAAAAGAACAGAGACUAAAACUAAAAACACUAAAUUACAUGGAACAAAAUGUGCUGGCCAACUUAGAAGAGAUACAAAACUUUUAA